CACGUGCGCGGCGCGGCCCGGGGCGGGGGCGGCCCCGCGGAAAGUUCCCGGCGGGACGCGGCGGGCGCAGGUAGCACUGGACUGUCCCCAUGGCGGAGAAACUGGAUCCCCGAGAUUCAGAGAGCAGCUGGGUGCUGGCGGGCAGUGAGGGUCUGCCCAUUGACACAGUGGGUCCAGAGCAGGACUCAGCCUCCCACAGGUCUGACGAUGAGGAACCACAGGAGGAGGAUGAAGGCACCCAGGACACAGUCACAGCUGUGACCACCAAUGGUGCCACUACCUUCCCCAGCCAGACUUCGUGCCCCGAGGACAGCGGGCAGGGGGUGAGUCAGAACUGGGGGGCUGGGGGUGAGCUGGAACUGGUGGGGUGCUCCCCACACAGGGAUGCCCCAUAUGCCAGUGCCUGUCUGCAGGACCCAGAGGAAUGUGAGGACUCCGGGGCAGGCACUGCCCUGGAUGGCUCUGCAGAGCCCAGCGUGUUGGAGGGCGAUGAGCAGGAGGAGCUGAAAGCUGAGGCUGAGCCACAACCCUGCCGUGACACCCCUCAAGCAGGGCCAACAGCAGAGGACGUGUCCUGCACCAGCAGUGACGAUAACAUGGAGGGGCUGCGGUGGCGGAAGGGCCACAAGCCCCAUCCUGAGCCCCCCACUGUCACACCUGCCUCACACCGGGGGACACCUGACAGUGGUGAUGAUGGGCUUAGUAUGAACAAGUACCUGUUUGGUGCCUUGGCAUUGGUUGCUGUGGGGCUGCUGAUCGUCACUGGUGGUAUCUACGACGUGGCAGAUGGCCCUGUGGAGAGUGUGGGGAGCUGGGACUUGGCUGCUGGGGAGCAGGAGUCACUGCUGUCCGUAGACAGCAAUGACUCCCAGCAGGAGCCCCCUCUGGCAGAUGCUGGGGGCUCACAGAGCGUGCAGUCCAUGAGCCAACUCCUGGACAAGCUGGCCAAAGAGAACCAGGAGAUCCGGCUCUUGCAGGCGGAGCUGCAGGCCCACAAGGAAGAUCUGCGGGCACUGCUGCACAGGAGCGAGGGUGAGGCGGCCGCGGCCGGGGCGCAGCAGCAGAGUCUGGCCAGAGAAAACGCGCGGCUGCGCGCGGCGCUGGAGCGGGAAGUGACGGCGCUGCGGGAGGCCCAGGCCGAGCUGCGGCGCCUGCAGGCUCGCAGGGAGCCAGCAGCAGGGCAGCCUCGUGCCACAGCUGUGCCAGGGCACGGUAAGGCCGCGCCACGGUGGCACGGCAGCCUGGAUUCGUUGCGGCAGGAGCUGGCGGACAGCCUGGACCGUGCGCGGGGCUCUGGGGAUCUCAAGGGGCUUGUGGAGGAGCUAAGCACCCUGGAGCAGCACCUGGCCCAGGUGCUGGAGGCAGAGAGCUCGGGGUCGUUCUCCACAGCCUGGAAGAAGCCAUUCAAGGUGGAGAAGGAGAGCGGGUGGCACAAGCAGCAUGGCACCAGGGGGUCCCCCCAUAAGCAGGAGAGGAGAGAGCAUGGCAAACCCCACAAGAAGGAUUCCCAAACCCCCCGUGAACACAAGCCAGGCAAAUCCUGGGGAAAGCCGUCUCACAGCCACCCCCGCCAUGAUUCCCAUGAGGUGCCCUGGCUUAGGCGGUACCGGGCACCACAGGGCUGUUCUGGGGUGACUGACUGUGCCCACAAGGAGGGCCAGGAAGUGCUUGGGGCUGCGCUGGAGCCGGUGCAGAAGGUGCAGUUCCUGCAACUGCUGGAGAGCUUCAUGGGGCAGCUAGGCUUGGGGAGGCAAUUUGGGAAGCUGGCACCACAGCUUGAUGGGGCCUUCAGAGCUGACGGUGUCUUUGCCCACGACCGCCUGCGAUUUGUCGAUUUUGUGGAUGAUGUGGAGGAUCUGCUUGAGGAUGUGGCGUGGCAGGAGUGGGGCAACAAGAAGGCGGUUGAUGGCUUUGAGGAGUACAUGCUGCGGCACUACAGUGGCGCCUCUGGGAACGUGUGGAGCCAGAGAGCCCCAAGGCAGCAUGGCACACGUGGGUAGAGCCAGAGGGGCAGUAGUGUGCCAGCACCCCCACACAAGGGCUCCCCACAUGCUGUUUAUGGGGGUCUGGGAGUGACCAUCACACCCUGUAGGGCCAAGUAGGGCCACAUCCCCAACCAAAUGCACUGUGUGAUAUUGCACUGCCACCAUGAAUAAAAUCACCGCUGGGCA